CAUAUUAUAUAAUAUUGUAAGAGAAACGCCCAAAUUUGUGGCGUUCGAAUUCAAAACCAUAAACCAAAACCCUUACUUGAAUUUCUUCAAUCCAAACCCCAAAUGUUCAAAUUUUCAUCCACAUUUCUUCUUCAUUUCAUCCAUAAACGUUCUCUCAAUACCAUUUCUACUUCUACAUUGCCUUCACCCUCUGUUUCUACCAUCCAAUUCCUCACUAAUUCAUGUGGCCUGUCUUCUGGAUCUCUUACUUCCAAUGGUCGAAAGCUCCGGUUCGAUGAAAAACACAUUCAGCAGUACGAAGCCAUUAUCGGUUUCUUCAAAUCUCAUGGAUUCGAGAAUUCACAGAUCGCCAAUUUGGUCUCGAGGCGACCUUCGAUCCUUCAAUCUAGAGUAUCCACCAAUCUGAAGCCUAAAUUUGAGUUCCUCCAGGAAAUCGGACAUGGAAAAGGCAAGAGGAAAAUAGGAAAGGCAGGUGGAAAUUGCCAACAACUUGAAGGUGAGCUCCUCGAGAAUGGUCUUUGGCAAGUGCCAGAAAAGCUUCAUCUAAACAAGAUGAAAACAGAGCAUCUGAAAGAUGAUUCUGCUCUAGAUGCGCUAACACAGUCAUCUGAAACAAGACAGAGCAUAUGGAAGCAGCAGCACCACGGGGAAGCUGGAUGAGGAAAUUCCGGUUGAAAAUGAUAAAAAUGAAUUAAAACAACAAUUGAAACGUUACUGUUACAGCUAGAGAGAGGAAUGAUGCAUUGCAGAUAAUUGAGCAUUUCACCACCAGUUUUUAUUUAUUUUUAAGCUAAUUUAAACACCAGUUGAUUAAAAAGGAUAUGUGAACCUGUCCAGGUCGCACAGAAGUUGCUUGAGGUGGAGGCGGCUUUCCAGAGUCAAGUUGGCAGAACCGUUUAAUCUUUCCCAAUUUUAAUCUUUUUCACAUCAACUGUGGGAGAUGUAACUGGUUUAUCUAGUAUUCUAAUGUGUAGCUUUCGAGUUUUUGAAACAUCCUCUUCAUCACUACUGCUACCAUCAUUAGCAGUACCAUACAACGUUUUCUUGAACUUUUCUUCUGCAUUAGCCUGUUCAUCUGCAGCGGCUGAACUUUGUUUUCAUUAGAGUUUCCAGACGCAUCAAAUUAUCCCUUUGAAUCACCCACCAUCAGAAGAUGCCUUAGAUUUAUUAGAAAUGGAUUUUGCUAAAGGUGUUUGAAGCGCAGUGGCAUCAACAUUUCCACCAGCGGGUGCAAAAGACUUGACCAGGCUGACCUCACUUACUACUUCAACGAUACUGCCUCUACCUUUAACUGAGCCAAGGUAAACACCGAUAUGAUCAGCAACAAUUGAAGGUAUAGAACCAUCAUCUGUUUUCAUAUAAACGGCAUCACUUCUGCAGCUAACUAGCUCCCAUUGUGGUCUAGCCUUCGAGUUGGUGGGAGUUUUGAUUUCCCAGUUUCCAUUCUGGACCUUUGGGAACCAUGCUCUCGGCAGCGAAAUUUGCAAAAAUACCUUGUGUCCAUGACCCUUAAAAUUCACUCACAAUAUUGCCUCAUUUCAGAAUCUGUUCCAUCCUCUUCCAAUUUGUUGAUUUAUUCUUGAUUUGUGCAUGUCAUCUUUGCAUGGGCCAAAUCUAUUUUGUUGGAUGUCCAACAAGGGACUACAGAUAAGAAGGAGAUUGGUUCAUUGAGUCAAGAAUUGGUAGCCAAAGGGUCAUCCAAGGAGUCAUAUGAAGAGAAAAUUGGUGCAGUUUUUGAAAAUGGAUGUGACAUUGCAUUUCCUUCAAAGUGUUCUCGAUCUCAAUGUUUAAUGAAUGGUGAAAAUAUCAAUCCUUCCAUCAAAGUAUCUGAAAAACGAGGAUACAAUGAAUUAUUCCAGAUAACUCUGGAAUUCCAGAUUAUUUUGGGUCAACCAUCAACUAGAUUGAAGAGCUUUUGGUUAAGUAUCUCUAAACAAUUUAUGUUUGGUUGAGACAAUGGGUGCUGUGUUUUAGUCUAAUUACUUAGGUUGGCAUGCAUGAGAAGGUUCUUAUUGAGAAAGUUAACAUAUUGCACCCUACCUUUGCUUUUUUAGCUUUCUUCAGUUUAAGUUUUUGUCUAUUUGGUGGUUUCUUUCAA